ACAGUAAAAGUUCGGUUGAAAACAUCUGAUGAAUGAUAUUUGUAAAAUAUAUGCGGAAUGCAAAAUAAUUUCCUUAAGCAUGAAAUUUAUAAGCUAAAUAAUUGAAAUGAUUCGGUGUUUAGGAAAAUAAUAAUAUUAUUUUUCAUAUUAGUUUUAUAUAGCGUAAAUAUUUUUUAAUUUUUGAAAUGUCUGGUAAUGGAGAUAUACCCAGCCGUAAGAUAUCAAACAGACGCGGGUUUAUACGGGAAGAACAAAACGAACGAAAUGUUGAACAUGACCACUCUAACCGUGGCCAUAGACAUUUAUUAGCAGAUAUUUUUGCUCAAGGUCGGAGACAUAUUCAAAGCAGAAGAAGAAGUCAGGAUAUUGAAGAAAUAAGCAAACCUACAGGAACAUUUGGAAACGAUGACGAAGAAGAGGAAGAAGAUGAAUUCAAUGAAGCAGAUUUUUGCUGGGUUUGGGAGGAAGAAUGCAAAUCAAAUGACGUAGUUUUUCAAAACAAUAACUCAGAAGUUUACUUUCAUCCAGAUUACAGUUGUGGGACGGCUGCCGUUCGCGGAAAAAAUCAGUUCCAAGAAGGAGAAGAGCACUACUGGGAAAUAAAAUUAUCUAGCGCAGUUUAUGGAACAGAUAUGAUGGUUGGUGUUGGUUGUGACGGAAUGGAUUUAAAUAAAUAUAAAUCGCAAUUUUGUAGUAUCAUUGGUAAAGAAUCAAACAGUUGGGGUAUAAGCUAUUUUGGAACGGUUCAUCACAAUGGAAAAACUCGUGAGUUUACAAAAAAAUUUGAAAGAGGAUCUGUUAUAGGAUGUCAUUUAGAUUUGUGGAAAGGAACUUUAUCUUUCUAUAAAAAUGGAGAACCAUUAGGCAUUGCUUUUGAAGGUCUUUUAGGUAAAAAAUUAUACCCUAUGAUAUCCUCAACUGCUGCCCGUACCAAAAUGAAGUUAGUAUGCAGUUAUAAGAUAAACUUUUCAUUGCAGUAUUUAUGUUGUAAAGAAAUUAGUAAAAAUAUAUCUUCAUCUUCUGAAGCGUUAGCUGAUUUGCCACUUCCAAGUGGAUUAAAGCGAUAUUUAGGUUUUAGAAUGGACUGGGUAUUUAGACUACAUAAACUACAGCCAAGUUCUUCAGGAAUGGGUCCAAGUAGAAAAAGAGUAAAAAGGUAAAUUUAGUCACUUUGUUGUAAACAUUGACUACCUUUACAGACAAAUCUGAGAGGAAAAAAGCAUAAUUCGCAGUGCAGACUGAAAAAUUUAUAGACUGACAAUAAAAAGGUAUACUUACUAGUUCUAAGUUUCUCAGGACGUACCAUGCACAAACUUACUUAAAAUAAAACAAGAAAACUAAUGGAAAUUUUAAAAAUCUAAAUGUAAUUCAACAAAAAGUAUCAAACUUCCACGAAGAGACUUUUUCUUAAAAUUCCUUUAAGUUUCCAUAACCUUGAAUGCGUGUAAAUGCAGGUAAAUUGGCUUAUCAAAUUUUAUUUUGAGUUUUUUAAAAGCUUGGCGCUUUUUAUAGCAAGUUGUUUUUAUACGUGUUUAUCAUAAAAUAAAAGUUCAUUAUUAAAUCUUUUUUGUAAGUAUUUUUAAAAAAAUAAUAAUUUGCGAUCAUUAA